UAAUGGCCGCCCAGACGCCAAAACAGUUAUCCAGGUCUCCCAAAAUCGUAAAAUGGUUAAUAAAAACAUUUCAUAAAAAAGUUCUGUCCUAAUUGUUAAGGUUGUGUGCAGUUUACGCUCGUCUACUUAACCAGUUGUCACUGGCAGUUCUUCUAAAAUUUGUACCAUGUUUGAACAAAAAUCCGAAUCACAAAUUCAUCACGUUUGUGAUCCACCUGUUAGCAGACACAGACCUUCUUCAGACAAAUCCCAGGACAUAUCCCAUUUUCUGGCUAAUAUCUACAAAUACAUAUAUACAUCAGAGGUUAUUUCGAAAGAGACUGUCGCCAAGCUUAAGAAGUCACGAAGAGGAGAUAACAGCUACCAUGAAAAGUACCUGGACGACCUUGAACAGGCGCAUGCGCAGUACAACCGGCGGCUCAGGGACGCGGACGCGCUGGAGAAGCACAUCAUACAGGCGCGAGUGCGAGCCGCGGCCGCGGAAGAGUUUGCGCGCUCCAAUUUACUGGAAGGUGUAGGGGAGGCCUACGGUGAACUGGGCUUACCUCCAGUUAAAUCGGCUUUCAGGUGGAGUGUGGACAACAGCCUCCUUAAAAGCAACAACUUGAUUUGCCCGGAGGAUUACAGCACAGGUGCUGCACAGCUCAUUAAAGCACCUAAAGGAAAAUGUGCCCCAGGCUUUGCCAAUGCGACCGUUGCUUAUAAUAUGCGCAUAAGCAGCCUGGCUAAGGAUGAUGGGUACACUGUGAGCCCAGAAACAGACAGGAGGGCACUGGAACUGCCGGAGUCUGAGGGGACCCUAACUCUUCCUUCGACUCCAGAGUCUAUUGCAUCAAGCAACAAAGUUCCCAGCAAAACAGGCAGGCCUGCAGGGGUCACAGUACUGACCGGGAGCAGCCGCGCUGAAGUCGAGGCCGCCCUGCACAGGCUGAACCAGCGAGGAAACUUCCUACGCAACCCUCGCUUCCUACCUCAUGGGGCGUCCCGCGGGGGAAAGUCACUCGUCCAGGCCACCAAGGCGCCGGAUGGGGGGGAGAGCGUUCCCGACCAAUCGGCUCCCGUCUUUCUCGCCAGCCCCUCCUCCAUCAUCUUCUCCCAAUACAGAGUCGGACAGGUUUACGAGACCCCAGUGGAGCUGAGGAACGUGACGUCAGCCAGCCGGCAUGUCCGCGUCAUCCCCCCCAGCACGCCUCACUUCACACUCGGCCUGGGUAAAUUCCCUGGAGACGGGGGUAUCGUGGCCCCUGGCAUGAGCUGCCGUUACACGGUGCUGUUCGCCCCGGACUCCUUGGCCAAUUUUCAGGACUGCCUCCUGGUGGAGACUCAGGACUCAUAUCCCCUCAUUGUUCCCAUCGAGGCUCGACGCCCUCCUCCCAUCCUGACUUUGCCCCGGGUGCUGGACUGUGGAUACUGCUUGGUGGGCGGGGCCAAGGUCCUGGAGCUCCAGUGUCGCAACGUGGGCCUAAGCGAAGGCACCUUCUGCAUCAUGCCCAAGAAACUGUGGCCGGCAUCCAGCCUCAGGGCUGUGGUGACAGCCAGCUUUGCCGAGUUGCCUCCUUUCGGGGUCAGUCCCUCGCUCUUUGAGCUCCUGCCCGGCCAGGACACAGUUGUGGAGGUAGCUUUUUUCCCCACGAUGGCUGACAGCUUCUCUGAAGUCUUCACCGUCGUUUGUGACAACUGUCAAGUGAGAGACAUCAGCAUUCAAGGUACUGGGCAGCUCGUCACCCUCCAGCUGGUGUCUGUCACCGGUGGGGAGGAGUGGCCCAUGCCAGGCGAGUUGUGUGACUUCACAUCGGAGCACCUCGUUCGCUUUGGGCCCACCAACCCCCAGUGCACGCUUCAGAAGGAGCUCAUCAUCCGGAACAAUACGCACCUGGUGCUGCCUUUCCGAUGGCAAAUCAUGCAACCCAACUUACAGCCUCACAUUUUCGGGGAGAGCGCGGAGCCCCCCUGCUUGGAGCACCAUGUGGACAUGGACUCCGCCUUCGACAUCAGCCCAGCAGACGGCCAGCUGCUCCCCCACCAGGAUCAUCGAUUCCUGCUUAGCUAUCGCCCUGAGGAGCUGAAGGAUUACCACAGUGUCCUUCACUUGGUGCUGAUGGACAUCCCUGAUCCUCCUGAGGAACACGACAGCGAUGGCACACUUCAUCAUCUGGAGAGAGCGGCCAAUGUGAAUGACAUGGUUGUCAUGGAGAUUGAGGUCAAAGGUUUGACGGAGCCUCACCAGGUCCUUGUGGAGCCCUACGCCAUCCACUUCCCUGGGGAGACCUACGUUGGUGCAGCCGUAAGAAAGAGCUUCAAGAUGUGGAACAACAGCAAAUCAGGAAUUCGAUUCCAGUGGGAUAGGAUAAGUGACUGCCACACAGUGGAAGUGGAGCCCCCUGCAGGUGAAAUAGGUGUCAGCAAAUGCUGCAAUCUGGAGCUGGUGCUGAUUGGACGGGUGCCUGGGCCAUUCACGUGCCACCUGCCGUGCCACAUAGAGCACUGCCGGCCAGCUGCCGUCCUCGUGGUGCAGGCCGCAUUCAAGGGUCCUAAGCUGUCCAUCAGCGUGCCCAGUCUGGACCUUGGGCUAAUUAGGCUGGGAGAGCAGGUCUGCUCCAGUGUCCUGGUCACCAAUAGCACUGAGCUGGAUGCUUCCUGGACGCUUCAGGAAUGCUGUGAGAUGAGAGGCCCCGGGGAUGCACAGGUUACAGUGGAGCCCUGUAGGGGAGUCCUGCCCCCCCUGUCCUCCUGUGCUGUAGAUGUCUUUUUCAAGCCUGUGGCCUGCCAGCACUUUGAGACGGUACUGCAGCUGGCUGUGCAGAAUGGAACCGGCUGCAACCUGCUGGUGCAGGCCGACGUGCAGUCCACGCAGGUCUGCCUUCUCCGCUGCCAGCUGGAGAUCCUGGAGCUCUUUGUGGGUGUCCCAGCCAAAGGAACAGCAACCCUCUUCAACCAGACCCUCCUACCAACGUGCUUCUCCUGGAUGGAGCAACUUCAAGGUCAGCAAGCGUCCCUCUGCACGGCAUCCUUCUCCCCCUGCACUGGCAUCCUAGGCCCCAACGCCGAGCUGGAAGUAGCCGUGGAGUUCACAGCCCACACCGACAUGCAGCUGACAGAGGUGGUGGCUGUCUGCAAAGUUGAAGGCAUGCGAGAUCCUCUGCUCCUGGGGAUCUUCUGCAAAGCUGAGAAGCUGCGCGUCUCCUUUUCGCUCCCUGAUGGGAUUCUCCUUCACAGCCCAGAAGCACAGGACCCUUCUGCGCUGAUGCUGGACUUUGGAGAUGACAUUCUGCUGAAAAGGGCCGUCACUAAGCGGCUGGCGAUAACCAAUCACACGGCUGUCACUGCCGGGUUUACCGUGGAGGCAGAGUAUUUAGCUGUGUCACGUGCUCCGUCACCACCCACAGAUGAGGUCUCGCGGUUUGGCCACAGGAUAGGCCUCAUCUCUGUGCCUGGCACGAGGACGUCAUACUCAAGAAGGCCACUGCACUCUCUGCAUGCCAAAAAAAUGGAGAAGAAAGCACAUGAUGACUUUGCGAGUGCUCUGCUGGCUCAUGGGAAAGGUGCCACCUUCUACAUCCAGCCGGCCUCCGGGACACUGGGACCUUAUGAAACCCAGAUCGUGGAUGUCACUGCCUUCACCAGCAUGUGGGGCCAGUACAGGGACCGUCUCGUGUGUAAAGUGGGAGACCUGGAGCCAGUGUUCAUCCCCGUGAUGAUGACCGUGAAAGGCUGUCCCCUGUACUUCCAGCUGAUGGGGCCGCAGUCAGAGAAUCAGACACAGGGACCUGUCAUCCGGUUUGGCACUCAUGUCUCUGGGGGAGAUACGGUCUCGCGGGUAAUUCGCAUAAACAACACCAGCCAUUAUGAUAUCCGUCUGGACUGGGAGACCUUCAACCAGGAGAGGGGCGACAUGAAGCUGUUGGACCUGCUGGUGACGUACGGGGACCCCUUCCCCCUGAAGGACGCCGAUGGGAAUGAGGUUCUGGGAGGCGAGUCUGGAUCCGGUGGGAACAAUGGUGCGAGCACAGGGGGUACAAGUGCCUCUGUCGUGAGCGAGAGUGUUACUGAGGAGGAGUCCAAUGAGGAAGAGGCGGAGAGCUGUGGGCUGAAGCCACCCAGGAAGCUGAUCUCGGUGCACGUGAGAAUCCACGAGGGCAAUGCGUCGGACUUCCCGUACUGCAUCACCCCGCAGCAGAUGGUGGUUCCAGCAGGGGGCAGCUCCACUGUCCAUGUGUCCUUCACCCCGCUGACUCUCUCGGGGUCGACCAGGGACUUUGCCUGUCUGGGUUUUGGCCUGGGCUUCAUGAGCCUGGACUGCAAGGAAACAUGCUGCGUUCCUGGGAGGGUGGAGCGAGCACAGGGCCUCCAGCUGGAACCCUUAAGGCUGGACCUGCAGGCCAACGUGAAGGCUGCCCUCCUGUGCGUCGAAACAGAGGAGGACAAGAUGCUCGAAUUCUAUGCCGUUGCCAGCGAUUUGCUGUUGACGGGAACAGAGCAAGGGGUGGAGGAACAGCCAGCGGCGACGACCCGGAGCUUUCGCCUCAGGAACCCUCUAGAGAUGCCUAUCUACUUCAGACUCAGCGUCCAGCCUCCCUUCUGUGUCCUUCCGCCUUGGCCGAGGAGUAACACCCAAAGCCCAUGCGAACACCCCAGGGAGCCCCCGUACUUGGUCCUCCAGCCCCGGCACAACAUGCAGGUCAAAGUGGCCUUUUGUUGUUCGUUGUCCCUGCUGGCCACUCCGGGUUCACCCCCAGGAGAAACCCCACCCACUCCACAGCUGAUAAGCAGCGUGACAGGGGGGCGCAGCCUCCGAUUCCAUCAAAGCCUGCUAGUGGAGUACAGCAAUGGAAGUGUACAGGAGGUGCCUCUUUGCGGCUUCCUCUCCUUGCCCACUCUCCACCUGAUACCCGACAGCCUGGACUUUGGCACAUGUUACGUGGGACAGACCAGUGUCAAAGAAGUCAUCCUCUCCAACCGCGGAAGGUCCAGCAGUCACUGGGCAGCCACUAUAGAAUCGGUGGGGGGAGGUGGCUCCUUCGAGGUGACCCCCAGCCGUGGUGUCCUGAGGCCAAAGCUGCCGCUGUGCUCCUGUAGACACCCUCUCCAGAUAAGCUUCACUGCCAGGGACACGAGUGAGGCCAGAGCCACUGUUAUAGUGCAAGGGAUUCUGGGAGAGCUGCCCAUUUCCCUUCAAGUUUGGGGAAGAGGCUCCUUUGAUGAGGCUUAUGUCAAUGCAGACUAAAGGACAGUGCUGCAUCUGGACAGAACUAUACAAAUCUGAGUCAUCUUGUGUUCACUCCACCCCAGCUGGGAACUGGUAAAUACAAAGAAUUAUUCUAGCAAUAACUACAACAUUUAUUAUUAAAAUGGCCCUUUGCAGGUAUAGUAAAUUCAGAAAUGAUCACGUGCUUUGUAUUUCUACCUGUGAAUGUAUGCUGUAUUGUUUAGUGCAUAAAUCAUCAACAUGAAUCAGGAA